GAUCAGGCGGCACGGCGGACAGCCCCGGAGGCGGGGCGGGGGGGGGAGUUAUAUUGCGGGGUCCUUCCUCGCUCAGCCUGGUUCCUCUCGGAGCGGAGACGGCAAAUGGCGGAUUUCGAUACCUACGACGAUCGGGCCUACAGCAGCUUCGGCGGCGGCAGAGGGUCCCGCGGCAGCGCUGGCGGCCAUGGUUCCCGUAGCCAGAAGGAGCUGCCCACAGAGCCCCCCUACACAGCCUAUGUAGGAAACCUCCCUUUUAAUACAGUUCAGGGUGACAUAGAUGCUAUCUUUAAGGAUCUCAGCAUAAGGAGUGUACGGCUAGUCAGAGACAAAGACACAGACAAGUUCAAAGGAUUCUGCUAUGUAGAAUUCGAUGAAGUGGACUCCCUAAAGGAAGCCCUGACCUACGAUGGUGCACUGUUGGGUGAUCGGUCACUUCGUGUGGACAUUGCAGAAGGCAGAAAACAAGAUAAAGGUGGCUUUGGAUUCAGGAAAGGUGGACCAGAUGACAGAGGAAUAGGUGGCUCUCGAGAAUCUAGAGGUGGCUGGGAUUCCCGGGAUGACUUCAAUUCUGGUUACAGGGAUGACUUCCUAGGAGGCCGAGGAGGCAGCCGCCCAGGGGACCGGCGAGCAGGCCCUCCCAUGGGGAGUCGCUUCCGAGACGCACCCCCACUGCGUGGCUCCAACAUGGACUUCCGAGAACCCACAGAAGAGGAACGAGCACAGAGACCACGGCUCCAGCUCAAACCUCGGACAGUGGCAACGCCCCUCAACCAAGUAGCCAACCCCAACUCCGCCAUCUUCGGGGGAGCCCGGCCCAGAGAGGAAGUCGUUAACAAGGAGCAAGAAUGAGCGCGCAGUGGGGAAUGGGGUGUGGGGAGUUAGAGCAAGACCACAGCCUGAGGGCCUUGGACCAGCCACCCCGCAGUCAGCCCCGCAGUCACCAUUCCUGCGCCUGACACUGUCCUUCCUACAGUGGAAACAGAGCUUGUGAAUGCAUGUCAGCUGUUAACAAGUGGUUUUUAGUACAUCCUUGGCUUUGCUGUAUCUAGUGCCUGUUUCGUGCUUUUUUUUUUUCCUUCUCUGUCCUCAUUUUCCUCUGUCCUCUGUCCUCCUUCCCUCUUGCUUCCGUGUCUUUGCACCACGAGGUGUCUAGAGGAGGAGUGAGGGCUGCCACGUGGGAGGGGCAGGCCCAGGUGCUGCUUGCUUUGGUUCUUCUCUUUUUGUUUUCGACAUGGGCCAGACUUGAUUUUCUCAGUGCUUCUCUUCUGACCCGCAUGCUGAGUUCUGUGCUGCUGUGGCUUCUGGGAAAAAGCAGAAGUUGCUGGCAAGUUGGCCAGCUCCUUGUUUGUAUCCAGCUGUGAUCAGCAUGCAGAAUUGGAAACACCUUGUAUUAGAAGUAAGGAAAAGUUUCUGUUGAGCCUUGAAGCUUCCUCCCACUCUUGUGGUCCUGCUUCUAGGGUGUCCUGGUGCCAUCAGCUGUCCCUGGAGAUGGGACAGGCAGAGUAGUAGGUGCAAGGCCCUGGGGAAGAGUGACGAUUGUGUUGGUGGUGCUCCUCACCUGUUAACCAAGGGCUGUGUGUUCAUACAGCUUGCUGUGCUCUCCCGAGACUGUGUCCAGAUAGCUCCCUGCUGCUGAGGCAUUAGGGCCUCCCCUCUGCUGACUGUGGCCGCCUGGUGGCUCACGUCAUUACCUUGGGGCUUGGGUGCUAUGGGGACUGGGUGGUGGUGCUGCUGCACUGGGCUGACACAGUGAUGCGGACAUGGCCUUCCCCACAUCCCUGUUGUCUGCCGGUGUAUUCCUCUGUGCGUCUGUUCUCCCAAAAGUAGCCUGAUGAGACUGCUUCCCACUUCCCUGUGAACCCGUAGUGGAAAUGGCCUCGAAACUGGCACUUUAUUUCCCAUGAGUAUUGUAAGUUUUCCCAUGCUGAGCUGUCCGGACCCUCACUGACUGCAGAGGACCAUAGAUGUUCAGGCUAGCCACCUUGUCUCUGGGACGGUCUUGCUCAUGUGCAGUGGUUGGCGCUCACCUGGGAAGGUGUUGGGCAGCAGUUUUUGAGCUCAGAUUCCUGUGUGUGAGCAGAUGGGAAAUCCUUUAGUGCCUGAGUCUCAGUCUGCUGCUAGAGCCCCAGGGAAGGGAGACCCGGUCAGGAUGGCUGGAAGGCCAAGGGGACAACAGUGUAGUUGUUUGCCUUGGGGUUCCCCACUAGCUGUCAUUCUCAGCCCCUCUGAUUUGUCUCUGUUGCAAGGUCUCAGCAACUUACAGAACUCGCACUUCUCCCCCCUGCCUAUCAUCUUCUCUGCUUCUGAGAUAAGAACCAUUUGUAUAACACCAACACCUAACUUAAGAAAGACAUGCAUUAUGUGGUUGUAACAAACCCGAUGCUUUGAGACGACCCAUACAUAUCCUCAAUGCAGAAAGAUCAAGAGCAAAACAAAUCCAUCCAAACGGCUGGGCACCCAGCUGCCUUCCAGAUUCGAGGGUGGAAUUCCAAACACAAUACAUUCAGCUGUAUGACAGAAAGUAAAUCUAUGGAUAUGGUAUUUUGUGAAUGACCUUUUAAAUAAAAGAAAAACCUUACAUAAUA